AUGUCAUAGUAACCCUUCCCUUAACAUUGAAAGUACCAGUGCAUGGGAACCAAGUCUAUAGUAGUAUGCCCUUAAGAAAACGUGACAGGGGAAGCGGGAAAGCCAAGAGAGGAGUGGUGAUAGCAAGAGAUAUGUCAGGCAGCUAAUCUAGGAAGUGACUCAUAUCCUCAUGUUGUGCCUUCCUGUCUUAUAAUCGGUGUUUGUGUCACUUAUCCGACGUCACACUACGGGAAAAGGCAUCACAGUGGCACCUUUACGUGGUGGAGGUGAGGAACUGAAGCUAGGACAGGUGUGGCAGGUGACAGAUGAAGUGGACGAGCGGGAUGGAUAGGGGCAGCAGUCAUGUCUCGGUCAGGGAGGAGCAGUGGGAAGUAUGAUCCGAUCAACUGGCAUGAAAUAUUUCAAAGGAUUGACCAGGAUGGCGAUGGGUUCAUCUUACGAUCUGAGCUGCGACGGUACCUCCUCGCCACACCGGUCAGCGAGGUGCCACUCUCUGAUGACAUGGUGGACGCGAUGCUCUACCACGUCGACUACAACAACGAUGGAUUCAUCAACCUGCAGGAGUUUUAUGGACUGGUCAACGUACCAGUGGACACCAAGACCAGGUCAGUGCUACAGCGAACUCUGGUGGCCACUGCCUUCUCCAUGGCCCCACGCUCCCAGGUGUCUCAUGGAGAUCGUCUGUACAUAGCUGAAUACUCCUGCUGCCCACCUCCUCUUCUUGUACCCCUUCUAUGUACUGCUGAGGUUGGGGUGUUUGUUUACUAUGCUGUGACUAUGGGUGAUGUGGGGCCCUACUCCCCUGUCCCUUGGUCCUCCCCACUCAUUUAUGACCCACGGAGGCGCAUGGAAGCCUGGCGCUUCAUCUCCUACAUGUUCCUUCAUGCUGGAUACAUCCACCUGCUGUCCAAUGUGAUGGUGGCACUAUUUGUGGGCAUUCCCCUGGAGAUGGUACACAGGUGGUGGCGGCUGCUGCUCCUCUAUGUGGCCGGGGUGCUGGCUGGCUCCCUGGCUGCCUCCAUGUUUGAUCCCAAGUCCUUCCUGGUAGGUGCGUCAGGCGGCUGCUACGCCCUCAUUGCUGCCCACCUGGCCAACAUCAUCAUCAACUGGGGUGAGAUGCCUUUCAAUUGGAUGAGGCUUCUGGUCAUCCUGGCCCUCAUGGCCACAGACAUUGGGGUCUUUGCCUUUGCAACUGUUACCCAAUCCACUUCCAGGGUGAGCUACAUGGCACAUCUAGCUGGAUUUGUGGCUGGACUCCUGCUGGGAAUGGUGACCCUAAGAAACCUGAAGGAGCACCGCUGGGAGAUUGCGCUCAAAUGGACAGGCCUUGCAGUGUUCCUAGCCCUCAUUGCUGCUGCAGUGGUGAUACAGGUAGCCUAUCCAGACCUGGUUGGCCUUUAUCCACCCAUGCCAGAGAAAGGUCUGUCAAGCAAGCUGCUGGAUGGUGGGGCUGAAGUCUCAGUGUAGACUUGAGAAUUUUUUUUUUUUUUUUUCAAGGCUAAUAUGGAAGUUUUUGGGGUUUUCAAGGAAAACUUAGAUAGAUGUUUGGGCUAGGUCCUAAAAGUGGAAGUAGCUUAAGUUUGGACAGUUUGUACAAUAGAUGCCAGCACAAGGAGCAAAGUUGUGAAGGUUUGCUUAAUAUGUACUAUUAAGGAACCUGCCAGAUAAGAUACAAACUUGGGAGCAAACUGUCCAGGGUCAUCAAGCACAUAUAUUACAGUCUAGUUUUGUAGCACAUCUGGCAUUUUGCCUGACCUGAGACUUGUAUGGUACCAGGUUUAUUUUCUUCUCUGUGUUCUAUGAGUGCCUUAAAACAUUAGUGAUUUUUGAACUGAAAUGUGUUUUGUAGUGAAGGUUGUGGGAAAAGUCUUGCUUAAUUUUUGUGCACUCAUUCUUUCCAGAUGUGACAGUAGUGGGUGUCAUUAGGCUUGGACUUUCAUCAAUACUGUUGUAGAGGGCAUUGUUAUAGCAUGUUAUGGGACAUGAUGAAUCUCAUGCUUGUCUCUCUAAUGGUCUGUGGAAAGCUUUGGUUUCUCCCUGCUCUGUUUGAUAUGGAGUGGGUCAUGACUUUGAAUCUCGCAUUAAUCUGAUUGCUUUAUUCAAAUUAGUAUCUUAUUAGCGUUUAAUUUAUGUGGCCUAAGUCAUGAAGCUGUCAGAUGUUUUCAUGGAGUACCAUUAGUAGUGAGAACAACUAAUAUAGUUCUUAGGUUCAUGGAGGAAUAUUAACUUAAAUACAUAUACCUGGCAUCUGUUCUCUAGAGAGCUAAUAAUUGUACUAGAUAAAGAUUUGGUUGUGUUGGGAAGCAAGGUUUUAUGUUAAGCAGUACCAGGUAAUGGAUUUAUGCCUCCCACCUUAUUUUCAAUCUUCUUUGGAAAUGCAGUUCUUUAUUGAUCCAGGAUUUAGAAUCUGAAUGAUUUUUUUAGAUAUGUGAUGCAAAGGGAAAUGGUUGGUGAAUUCUCCGUGUUACGAGUCAGCCACAUGUAGGCUGUUCGGUUACAUUACAGAAUCAUCAAGAGGAAAAAAAAAUGAAGUGGAUAACUGAAAAGAUCUAUGAUCAUAAAACAAAUAUGAACUGCUUUAACAGACCACAUUGUCCUUACAGAUGGGGACUGUUUCCUCUACUGUACCACCAGAUUGUUUGUUCUUGUUCUGCUACCUGGUGUCAGUGUAUCAGGAAAUUUGAUAUCCACGAUAGUUUUGUUUGUCUUUUAUGGCACAAAAUUUAUUGUAAAUAAUGAGUUCAUAAUUAGUACUAUACUCAUGGACUGUAAACUCAAGGAUUGUAAUUCAUAUUAAUGACUGAUGGUUGUUUUUCUGCAACAGUGUUAUCAAAACAGAUAAAAAGUAGGUAGUUUACUUAUAUCUGUACCACUCUAGCUAAACAUUUCAUUCCAACUUUCAGUUUUCAGGUAUCUAGCAUUUUUGUUCCUUUUUUAUAAUUCUUUCAUCUUUGUAUUAGAUAUUAUCUUAGCUGCACCUUUCCAUGUGAUAUUUGCACAUCAGGAGACACUCUUUAUGUGCAAUCUUUGAAGGAUAAGCAGAGACAAGCCAACCCAAGCAGUGAGCAGCAGGCUGUUGGCUCCUGCUUACUGAUAGUGUGCAUCAGACACCUUGCUUCCCAGGUGGCCUACACACACAGAUCUGACUACAACGUGCACAGCAGCUGCAUGUACUCUAAUAUUCAUAGUAUUUUUAUAGCGUGUAUAACAUUUACAUAACACAAACUGCUUUAUCUUCAGCACAUAAAUCUCAGUGUAUAAUGCUCAUUGCAUGCAGAGUCUUUUUGGAGACAGAAGGGUUUGGAUCACCUUAACAUUUCCAUUCUGUGUACUUUGUCUUUCCAAUACUACAUAUUGUACAAUCACAGCACAAAAUUUAUGGACACAAAUAUCAGCACAAGAAUGCAAAGGAGUCUUCCAAUUUUGUUCUAAAUGUGCAUUUUUGUAAUUCCCUGUCAUUGCAGAAAGGCAAAAGUGUAACUCUGCAAUCUGCAUGGUAUUGGUAUCCACCUGCUGAUGUAUUUAUUAAUGGAAUUGGUGGGAGAGCAAUAUGAUUAUAUUGUUGCAAAACAAAUAACUUCUGCGUGCAUCCACUUGGUCGGACACUGCCUGUCUGACACACACUGUUGCCACAUAUCAUAAGGUGAAGAAGAUUCAGGAGUAUUGAAAUGAGAGGUGAGAUGGUGACAAACAGUAAUUGUACCACGUAAAGUUGUAUACCGUACUUGCUGUUCUGUUCGCCAGGCAAACCCCAGGAGACAAUGUUUAAAGUGGAUGUUUGCUGGCAAUACAUAGGUUUUUAAGUCAGUGUUAGGCUCACUUCGCACGAAUGGUUUUUAGCUGCACGAUCUGAAUCGCAUGGUUUAAAAAUCAGUUUAGUUCAUUGGGGUCUUUUUCACACAUAGCUCAAUUCCUGUGUGGCACUGAUUUACCAGCCGAGCAGUCCCCCCCCCCCCCCCGCAUCAUUUGUUUUCCGUCUCGAGCAAAUCAGCAACCUGAAAAGAAUUCUAUACACUGCUCAGUAUUGCCACCUCUUGAAAAACAGACACUAAAAUUACUCUACAUUUGCCCUCAGUGCCCUAUGAAAAUGUUCAUAUACUCCAUAGUAAACCAUCCAAAAUUUUACAAUUACCAUAUGUUUUACUUAGAUUUUGUAAAGUUAACCUACUACCCUACAGAGCAGGAUUUUUUUUUAUUAAAACACAUGUAUCUUAUGCACAGGUUGAUUGCCCUACGUUUUACAAUAUAGGCACUGAUGCAGAUGAACCAUGCGGGAAAAAAACUUAUGCGAAGAAAGUAGACACCUACACACUUGGUCAUAUUACCUUGCUGGUAAAACUGUUUGUAAGAAGUGAGACUUAGUUUGGGCUCCUAAGACAGAUACCCAGCAUCCAGUGUAGACAGUGUCUGAGGUUCAAACACUACAAACAUGAGCAGUGUCUAUUACACUCUCUGCUGCUCUGUUCUGGUUCCUCUGGCCAACUGGUAAUAGAGGGUGUUUGAUGGACAAUGUUUGACCAUGUGGAUGCACCCUAAGAUAGACAUCAGUGGAAAUUUGUAGCUAUGUAUUUGGUGAUUAGAAUAGUCUUUCAGGAUGUAGUGAGUGUCAUAGGGAUAAAUUAGCGAGUACACCAGGGUCUCUUAACAUGUGAAGUUAUGUUCUCCAAAACCUCACACCACUAAAUAUUAAUUAUGAAACUAUUAGCAAUAAUGGUACACUAAAGUAGCAUCAGAAGAUAAUGAUAAUCUUAUAUUACAACAGUUGAAAAGACAAUGUUAUAAUAAGAAGUGCAAAAUUUCACUCACUAUGAUUGUUUGUGUGAAGACUUGGAGAGAUGAGUAGUCUGAAAGGCUGGCUGAGAAUGCAGUGAGGCAGGAGUGCAGAAACCUAAACUUUUUGUGACAGAAGAUGCAGUGAGGCUGCUGUGAAGUUGCAGCUGGAACAGAGCUGCACUUUUAAUGGAGUCUUCUGGAGUGGAGAAAAUGUUACAAAUAGUGAUCUAGAGAACAUGCCUACCACCAUUUUGUUUAAGGGCAUAGACCUUGUAGGGUGCCAAAGCAGUUUAAAGUGCAAGUUUCAUGCUCUGCUGCCUUCUGACCUCAGCACCAAUACUACUGUCUCUCAUUGCCUUCCACACAACUCACCUCAAGGGAUAAUUUUUCAGCAUAGGUACAGGGAAUAUCUAUCACAGGUGGUGACAACUAUACAAAUCAACACAAUACAGUAUUCUGACCCUGGUGUAGAGGCUGUAAAAAGUACAAGUGGUGGGGCAAAUAAUUAAUACUGUAAUCUUUCAUGUUCUUUAUAUCUUGUUUAUUCUAGAUAUUGAAACAGUUUAAUGUAUCAGGGUUUUGAUGUAUUCAUGUAGAGCUUAGUUCAUGUAGUUGUGUUGUAUUUGUUAGUUUUGGAUAUUUGCUUGUAUGGCUCUGUCUACCUCUAUUUGUCUGUCUGUCCAUUGUCCCACUCUCUCUCUCUCUCUCUCUCUCUCUCUCUCUCUCUCUCUCUCUCUCUCUCAUUAACAGGCAAUAACAUUUACCAACUGGUACCUAUAUUUAUAUUUAAGUAUAUUUAGAUAUCAAAAUUAUAUUUCAUGUGCAGCCAUAUCUUAGUAAUAUAUGUAUCUUGUACAUGCAUAGUUAGAUGUUUUAUUAACUUAGAUGCUUUUUAAUUUUUAUACUGGAUUUAUACUUUAUGAUAUAUCAUUAUAUAUAAAAUAUAUAAAAUCCCCACAGAGUCAGUGAGGAGAUAGGUGAAAAUAAAGAUCUGUGCAAAUACUUUCCUUUCUCUCCUGAUCCUGCAUAAUUACUUUUAUGAUAGGAUUUUAAGAGACAAGGAAGACGAAGCCUGAACUUGAGUUUAUGAUCCUUGGUUGAGUUGUGGAUAUCUUUCUGUACCUGUCAGCAUCACCUGACUGGCUGUGAUUCUCAUUAGGUAAUUCUUUUUAUGGAGGGUACUGUUAUAUGUUGGGGGGGUGAUUGGAGUGCAUGCGUCUAGGCUAAGCUAGUCUUAAGCCCCUUACAGCCUCUGCCUCCUAACUGCUUGCAUGCUACCUUCCCGCGGUCCCCCCUGUUUCCACAGAAUGCAUGCAAGUGACCGAGUGGUCUGACGGUAUAUUCAGACUCCCUCCCCCUGCUGCCUUGUAGGGUACGCCUUUUUAGGCAAAGGCUAGGAGAAGGAAAACUUCAAAUCCAAAUCCCCUGCUGCCUUGUAGGGUGUGCCUCUUCAGGCAAAGGCUAGGAGAAGGAAGACUCCAAAAUCAAACCAACAAGACCCCAACGAUGGAGCUAUCCAGCGCCGGCGGAAGAAGGCAGUGCCUGGCGGGCAGGCGACAAGGCGGGCCUUGACACAUCAAGAACUCGGCAGCCCGAUGCAACCAACAUCGGAGAAGCUGCCUGUCUCAUCUGUCUUGAGCCGCGGUGGAAACGAUGUGGGCCAAGUGUGUGUGCGUGGCCGUCGCGCAGCCACGACCAUCCAAAACAAUAUACUCAGCGACUGGCAUUCUGUCGUUUCCUCCACCUCUCUUUAUCAGGAGACGUUUGACUAACGACAGGACCCAGUACUCGGACACGAGUGGGAGCCGACUAUAUAUAUAUAUAUAUGUAAGAGUAGCAAUGGGAAGCAUGGUGUCCCAGAUGGUGGUAUGUUGUGGUUUUAACAUGUUAAAACUUCAUUAAUUAAUUCAGCUAGUCCUUGUAACACAGCAGUGACAACUUCUCUACCUGGAUGUGUAAUCAAAAUGUCAGGUAUUCCAUGCUUACAUAUCACUUAAUAGAAUUUUUUUUUUUUUUAUUAAUUCAUUUAUUUUUAUUUUUUUUAUGGUAAGGCCUAUAGCACCUGUAGGCACACCUGAAGAGUAUUGGGAAGCACUGCUCAGCUUCCGCCCAUUAGUGGCGCAGGCAAUUUUAUUUAUAGUGGUACCCAUAUUAGGGCCCAUAUCACCACCCAAGCUCAUCUUGGGUGUAACCACCUAGAACCUGGGUAUCAUGGUGACAUGUAGGUAAUUUUAAAUCACUCGACAAAUGGCAAAGUGUUUUAAGGCUGUACGUGGUGGGAUUCGAACCUACGCGUGGACGUCUGCCCAAUCCCAUGCUCACCACCUUAUCCACUGUGCCACCCCCUCUUCUGGUAACCUCUGUAGCUGUCAUAGUCCUAGGUAGCUCUGCAACUAAAUAAUACCUAGUAAGGACAUCAAUAACAAGACAGUACUUACAUCCUUUUCCUUCUUCAUCCUUCUUUACUAUUGGUACUAAGGAACAAUGGAAGAAUGAUCUAGAAGCCCUGGUAAUACUUGGUCUCUCCAGGACUUUAAUUUGUUCUGCCUACUCUUUCAUGAAGCUAGCUGGUAUGGGGGAUAGGGAAGAGAGGAAUAAGAUAAAGACAUUUUUAUUGUUAUGUUAGUAGAAGACGAGUCAUGUGUAAAGCACUGAGAAAUGUAAUACUUUGGCGUGUUGCUUUGGGUGUUGUUGACAUGUGAUAGCUUGAGAUUCAAGCUUGUUUAGAUAUUCUAAUAAGAAUUUUGUCUGAUAUUGUCCAAGGUUGAUAAACAUUUAAUAACCAUGUAUAUAUACUGGAGGAAACCUACUCUAAAUAAGAGGCUUCAAGUCACACAAGCUUUUUAAUGACUUCACAUUACGCCAUACAAUAGCUGAGACAUUGUACAGUGUGAGCAUCCCUAGGACCAGCUCUAAUUUGACACAUGAAUUAGUGAUAUGUGGAUGUCAGUACAUGUACUGCCCAACUUAUUAAUCAAUUUGCACUGAUUUACAGGGCAUUUUAAAGGUAGGAUGAGAUGGUUAACAGCUGGGUAACCUACAUUCUAACUUAACCCCUCUGUAAUCCAGCAAAGUCACAAAUGUCACCCAACAGAUUCCAAUGAUACCAAAUUAGUGAUGGGCAACCAAUACUAAAUUGCAGUGAACAUUACUUUUUACCAAGCAGAAUAAACCUUUUAACCUGCUUUUCUACAUGAUUGGCUACAACACAAUGAUUUACUGUCAUUAUGAAAUUAUUGUAUCUUUUUUUCAUUCUGUGAAGAUGUAAUAUUUAAUUUCUUGAGAGAGAUUCAGGUGCAGACAAAAGCUAUGUUAUGAGCUUUAAAUGUGUAUCUAAAAAUAAAUACAGGGUGUAA